AUGACCGCCCACCCCUUGGGGACCAACCAGGAAGCCCCCACGCCCGGCCCUUCCAUAGCCCCCCCUUGCACACCCCCUUCCGCGGACCCCCUGACUCCGUCCCUCCCCACAGGCACUGGGAUCCUGUCCUCCCAGCCGGAGGAAAACCCCCACUGGUGGAACGCCAACAUGGUCUUCAUCCCCUACUGCUCCAGUGACGUCUGGAGUGGGGCUUCACCCAAGUCCGACAAGAACGAAUAUGCCUUCAUGGGCACCCUCAUCAUCCAGGAGGUGGUUCGAGAGCUCCUGGGCAAAGGGCUGAGUGGGGCCAAGGUGCUGCUGCUGGCAGGGAGCAGCGCGGGGGGCACUGGGGUGCUGCUGAACGUGGACCGCGUGGCCGAGCAGCUGCAGGAGCUGGGCCACCCGGCCGUCCAGGUGCGGGGCCUGGUCGACUCGGGCUGGUUCCUGGACAACAAGCAGUACCGGCGCACCGACUGCAUCGACACGGUCACCUGCGCGCCCACCGAGGCCAUCCGCCGGGGCAUCAGGUACUGGAACGGGAUGGUGCCGGAGCGCUGCCGGGGCCAAUUCAAGGAGGGCGAAGAGUGGAACUGCUUCUUUGGCUAUAAGGUCUACCCCACCCUGCGCUGCCCAGUGUUCGUGGUGCAGUGGCUGUUUGAUGAGGCCCAGCUGACUGUGGACAACGUGCACCUCACGGGACAGCCGGUGCAGGAGGGCCAGUGGCUGUACAUCCAGAACGUGGGCCGGGAGCUGCGACAGACGCUCAAGGACGUGUCGGCCAGCUUUGCCCCAGCCUGCCUGUCCCACGAGAUCAUCCUGCGAAGCCACUGGACGGACGUCCAGGUGAAGGGGACCUCGCUGCCACGGGCACUUCACUGCUGGGACAGGAGCCUCCACGACAACCACAAGGCCGGCAAGACCCCCCUGAAGGGCUGCCCGGUCCACCUGGUGGACAGCUGCUCCUGGCCCCACUGCAACCCCUCGUGUCCCACUAUCCGGGACCAGUUCACGGGGCAGGAGAUGAACGUGGCCCAGUUCCUCAUGCACAUGGGCUUCGACGUGCAGACCAUGGCGCAGCAGCAGGGCCUGGAGCCCAGCAAGCUCCUGGGGAUGCUGAGCGGCGGGAGCUAGGGGUCCCGCCGGAGGGCCCCCCGCCACCUGCCCGCCCCUCCCAGGACGGACAGGGCCUGGCUGUCCUCCACGCCGGGCCUGGACGCCCACCCCCAGCAGCCUUCACUGCCCCUCUGCCUGCGGGAGGCCCGGCCGGACACGGUGGCUUCGGGAC